CGCUUAUAUGCGUGCAAGUACGGUAAACUUCACAUCACAUGUGCACCAGAUUAACAAAACCAAACCUUUAGCACAUAUACGAUUACAAUGUUUAUUCAAGUACUCCCCAGGGAACAAAUGCAUACAAUCUGACAGUCCGUGACAUUCAUUUGGGUAAUGUGACAAGGGACAGCACAGACAGCAGUUUACGUUUUUACAAUGACAGGCAGGAAGAGCACAACAAGCAGAAGCACCUGCAAUCACGUCAAAGUGUUCAGGCUUGUAAAAUUCGCAGGCAUUGGUUUCUUGUUAAUCUUUCUGCUUCUGUUGGUAACGGCACUCAUAAGGACCCUCACCUUUGAUACCGAUGCGGGUCUCCAGCUUGCCUCGUGGGAAAAACGGGAGCAGAUUCCUCCGCACAUCAGCCAGCUGGAGAGACAGCAGCUAAUUGCCAGAUUCAAAGAUGCCAUCAGAAUUCCCACCGUGUCUUUCUCGCAAACUCAGUUUAACACCACAGCCCUGGAGGAGUUCGGAAGCUUUCUGCUCAAAGCCUUUCCUACAGUCUUCUCCUCCGCUCUGGUGAAGCACGAGGUGGUUGCGAACUACAGCCACCUGUUCACGGUGCCAGGCUCGGAGCCGGAUCUGCAGCCCUACAUGCUGCUUGCCCACAUCGACGUGGUCCCUGCCAGCCAGGAGGGCUGGGACGCCCCUCCCUUCUCCUCCCAGGAGAUCGACGGCUUCAUCUACGGGCGAGGGACCAUUGACAACAAGCAGUCCCUCAUGGGAAUCCUCCAGGCUUUGGAAUAUCUGUUAGAGAGAGGCUACAGACCCCGACGCACCUUCUACAUUGGGUUUGGACACGAUGAAGAGGCGAGCGGUCUUCAAGGCGCAAUGAAUAUCGUUGCCCUCCUGAAGUCGAGGGCAGUGAAGCUGUCCUUCCUAUUGGACGAGGGCUUGGCCGUGAUGGACGGGAUAAUAAUGGGUUUGCAAGGACCAGCAGCUCUCAUUGGCACCAGUGAGAAGGGGCAGGGCAGCGUGAAGCUGAGCGUCUCCACGGAAACCGGGCACUCCUCCAUGCCUCCGAGUGAGACGAGCAUCGGCAUCCUGGCAGCGGCAGUGUCCAGGCUGGAAAGGAACCCCAUGCCCAGACUGUUUGGAUUAGGACCAGAGCUGGCUACCUUUGAACACCUGGCUUCCAAGUUCAGCUUACCUCUGCGAUUCGUUCUGACCAAUCUUUGGCUCUUUUCCCCUCUGUUAAGCAGGGUUCUUGAAAGAAAGCCCGAGACCAACGCUUUCAUCCGGACCACCACUGCAGUUACCAUGUUUAACGCUGGAAUAAAGUUAAACGUUAUCCCACCAUAUGCAGAAGCGCUUGUGAAUUUCCGGAUCCAUUCUGCACAGACCCUGGAAGAGGUUCUGCAGAUCGUCAGAGACACGGUGGCUGACGAGCGUGUGAAGGUGGACCUCAUCAGCGGAUUUGAUCCUCUCCCCGUCAGCUCCCACAGCGAAACAUCCUUCGGGUAUCAGAUCAUUAAGAAAACAGUGCUGGAGCUGUUCCCUCAGGUCUCUGUGGCACCAGGUAUCUGCGUGGGGAACACCGACAGCAGACACUUUGUCGACCUGACCAAGGAGAUUUACAGGUUCACUCCGACCUGGUUCAAACCAGGAGACACGCGCAGGUUCCACGGAAUCAACGAAAGGAUUUCUGUCAAGAACUACGAAGAGGUUGUGAUGUUCUAUUUCCGACUGUUCCAGAACUGUGAUAUCGGGAAGCUUCCGGAACCCCACGGCAGUGUUCACGAACUGUAGGCCAGUGAUUGGACGUGAUUUAUGAUGCGUCUGUACUGUACCUAGACUGGCAACGUGUAUUAAGGAUAAGAAUACCGUUGCCAUAAUGAAGAUUGAUUCAUGAAUCAUUAUACUAAUCAAGAUUGCUACAGUGGAUCAGAAACGAUCAUAUUAAUCGAUGUUCUGCAACUUGAAAAACCUUGAAUCAACUCUGAUCUUCCAGUUUGCCCUCCCUGCAGAAAGAGAGUGAUUCUGACGCUGCUCUCCGUACCUAAUGCAUUCCACCACUCAUCUGCACAAAACCAGAGCCAGGUGACGGAGGCAAAGGUUUUGCAUAUGGUUUGCAUUUUAUCGUUUAAGCAUUACACUGGACAGGCAGUUGAGGGUUUUGGAUGAGAGUGUUUUUAGGCAUGGUGUCUAUUUUAUUGAUUUAAAUAGUAACAGAUAGCAGCUUAAUGUAAAUGUUGUCAGUUUCUUGUUUCAGUUUCUAUUUCCAGAAAGGGUUGUUCUAUUUAAAAAAAAAAAAAAAAAAAAACACAUAACAACAGUCUGGCCUCUGUUUUUAUUUGAGAAGGCAUGCAUGAUUUAUUUAAACCAAUCUAGACACUAUGGCCUACACACUUGAUCACUGGAAACAUUCCUGCUUUCUGACUGCUUUCGUUGAGACCCAAGAGUUAGAUUGCCAGUUAUUAUGCAGAUUUCUGGCAAUCUGUGUGCAUGUUAUACAGCACCUCUUCAGAACCUCUCAUUGGAUUGUGAUGACAUCAGAUGUACACAUUCUAGAACCUUGUGAGGUCUGUAGAAUCUAGCUCGUGUGACAUUUUUCUAAUCCGGCUUGUGAUGGGUCACUGUGGGGGCUAUAUCUUGGAAACCAUUCUUGCUUGAUCAGAAGUUGCAUGGACAUAAUUAAAAAAUGUUCAGGUUAGAUUUCACUUGAUUUAAGAGCUACAACACGAAUCAGGUAGACACUACUACUAAAAUCUAGCAAUGCAUUUUUUAUUGGUAAGAUUUUAAUUUAAAUACAGGCAGCUGAAGCAAUGUUGAAGCACUGAUUGUAAAAAGAAAAUGAAGAUGCAGAGGUACACGAUGUGAAAAUAAAA